AUGCAUUGGUUACUGUAUAAAUUUACUGGACCAGUGGCAGUGUUCUAUAAUGCUUCAAUACAUUGCUUUACUUUGUUAUUUUCUAGGUACUAUGACCAGCUUACAGCUAUUGAAAACAAACUUCCUGUGGCAGAGAAUCAGAUACGUGUGCAGUUUAAGUGGAGAGAUGCUUUUGACAAAGAUUCCCUGUUUUCUGGCAAGAACACACUUGCUAUUGCGUCUGGAGCCUAUGAAAAGGUGUGUGUGAUAUUCAACAUUGGAGCUUUAAUGUCACAGAUUGCCGAAGUACAGAAUCAUGAAAGUGAUGAGGGUCUGAAAACAUCUGCUAAAUAUUUACAGCAAGCUGCAGGUAUAUUUGGGCACUUAAAGGACACCUCAUUGUCAGUGUGUAGCCAGGAUCCUACCCCUGACCUGGCCCCAGACACGCUAAAUGCCCUCACAUCCCUAAUGUUAGCUCAGGGACAGGAGGCCGUGUACAGGAAAGCUGCUACAAGUAUGAAGGAGGCAAUGGUUGUGAAAAUAGCAUACCAAUGUUCCGACCUGUAUGCUGAUGCCAUGAAACUGAUGCAGUUACCAUCUCUCAAAGAACUGUGGCCAAGGGAUUGGUUAGUUACAGUUGCUAUGAAGCAAGCAGCUUUUCAUUCUCUGGCAGAGUUCUACCAGUCAGUUGUGGCUCAGAAAUCAAAAAUGUUACGGAGAAACAGAUUUUCACGAUUAAAGCAUGCCAAAGAAUUGAUGGCAGCUGCAGCAACCAGAGGGGGCAUGUGUUUCAAUUUCAAGAAUGAGCAGGGUAAAAUACAGCGGGAACUUGAGGCUGCACAGAAAGAUAAUGAUUUUAUAUACCACGAUAAAGUACCGGAUGUUAAGACAUUACCUGCCCUUGGUAAACUAGCAGUGGCCAAACCUCUCCCUAUUCCAGAGAAAUUUUCAACCAGCUUCACUGACUUGUUUGAAAAGAUUUUGUGCCAAUUCCAGUAUAUAUGA